AUGCACGUGCUCACCGGUCACAACAGACGCCGGGAAGCCGCCAAUCUUGCUCGCGCCCUCGAGCUUUCCACUCAACAAGCCAAAGUCUUCGCAAACACCUCACCGCACUUCUUCAGCUCCAGCGACCACGCCACCGAAGACUCCAGAGAGAUGGAAUUGAGACCUGUUGAACAUGCGGCCAUACAGUCGUCUCCUAGGGCCUCUCUGUCGGGCAGGCAACCCGCAGAAAGUGCAGAACAGAAAAUGGGCCCCCCCUCGGUGGUGGCAAAUACCGCAGAGAGUCUAGACGAGGACAUUUCAAGCUUCGGCGUGAAGCCCACUUCUCCCAGUGACAUACAAUCAGUGACACCAAUUGUAAACCCCAAAACCUCUAUCCUCGUCCCAGAGAGUGUCAGCAACAACACCUCCGGUUCAUCUUCCCAUAAAUCAUAUCCCCCUUCUUCUUUCCCUGCGCAUCUGCUCAAUCCUUCGCCCAACCCGGUGAACUCGUCCUCUUUCCAGCCGAAAGCUGAUAUCGUCUGUGACUCACUCGGGUUAUCAUCCAACGGCACAUCACAUACUUCAAGCAUUCGUGGGGCAGAGAGUUCUUCGAAUCAACCAAGUGGCGUCUCACCCACCCUGCUGUCGAGCGCCGCGCCCGAUUCCAGUAUACCGCCACCUGCGAAGAAGAUCAAGCAGUAUGGAAAAGCUGCUAAACUUACCCCAUCGUCUCCGCUGAAGAGGGCAGUCGGUCCCACUGUGCCCGGCUCUUCAUUGUCUGGCCGCAAAGAAAAGAGAAGAAUCAACUUCUCUUCGGACGGCGAAGAUGACACUACUGCGGAUAAUGGUGGGAAAAGUGCUGCAUCGGUCGCAGUUGGACCGUCACCUCCCAAAAGUCCCCGGAAGGGUGACGUACCCAUAUCUCCCGAUCCCCUGGACAGUAUCAGAAAGGGCAAAGCGACAGGGACGCCUGCGGGGCCUGUUUUUGUCAUCGAAAUCCCUCUCUCUGCCCGGCGUCUGAAUGCAAACGAGACAGGCGAAAAGGAGAAAGGAGAGAAUGAGCGGUCGGAAAAGGACAAAGUGCUCAAGGUUCCGAGGAGAAACUUGGAGCAAGAGAACCUCGAGGGAGCUGAGGUAUCUGAGGAACCUGCUUUGGUCCUUGCUCCCACCGGACCUCAAAACAAAAAGUCUGAUACUCCGAUAAUUGUCGAAGCAUCUACGUCCACCACCUCCCUUCCAAUAUCCCUCUCCAAUUCUCUUUCGUCAAUCACUGACUCGGAGCCGCCAACCAAGCCCAAGCCCAGAAAGCGCAAAUACGAUCCACUCGACAUUCCGGAUGUUGACGACGGUGAGGAUGAGGACUUUCAGCCCGGCAAGAAGGCCAAACCAAAAGUCAAAGCCAAGCCGAAAGCCAAGGCGGCGCCAAAGGAGAAAAAGGAGAAGAAGCCACCGACUGGCAAGAAGGGAAAGCAGUUGUUGGGCGCAGCGUUGAUUGUUGACGAUGAAGGAGAUGGGCGUGUUGUACCCCAGCCCCCGGCAGAAGAAGUUCUUGCUCCAACGAUAGCGGCCCCAGAUGCCCCAGGAACAGAAGGCAGAGCUUCCCUGCGCGAGUCUGAGCAGCCUCCCGAGCCGCCAGCAGCUCCACCGUCGCCCAUUAGGGGCUCAGCAGCAGAGACGGAACUUGGUCGCCCUCCUGUUCCUUCCAGACCAUCACCGUCUUUGGGUGCAAAGGAGUCCUUGCCCGCAAAGCAAUCCGAGACAGUCAAGCAGUCCAAAACAGCGAAAGCCAGCACCAAAAAGAAGGGGAAAGCCCCUGCUGCCCCCCUUCCAUCUCCUCCGCCCGAAGUCCAACCGGACAAAGAAAACACACCAUCCCCCGCCAAAUCGAAAUCUCCCACUCCUCCAACAAUAGCGAAACCUCCAACGGGCAGGGCUCUGCAAAAGACACCGAGUAAUACGAACAUGCGUGUGUCUACCCCGAUGUCUGGAGCUAGCCGGUCAUCUUCUGUUGGACAGGAGAGUACGCCGGGGCCCGGUGGCAUGAAAUGGAAAACAUCUCGCAACGACCUCUCCUCUGUCCUCGCCAAGUUCGGCGGUCAUAGGCGGACCGGCAUGUCCAAUAAGCUGAACAUUGUCCCCCUCCAUGCCAAGAUAGGUACACCAGCAAAAGCUCUACCACCAGUGCCCAAAAAGCCCCAUAAAAAGGUAGAGUCGGAUGAGGACGAUGACGAUGACGACGGGGAGAAGAAAGUGAAGCCCGGAAGUAAAGAAUGGUUGAUGAUGGAGGAUUAG